UGAUCUUCCGAUCGAAUUAUGAUGCCUUGAUUUUCUGGUCUAUAAAAACAAAGCCGAACCGCUUGGCAUUGUGCACUUCCGAACGCAUUCUGCUCAAGAUUUUUCAACUUUCAAGGAGAAAUAAUUAAGACUGUGAAAAUGUCUAAGAUUAUCUUGGUUACUGUCCUAGUCGCCUGCUUGGCAAUGAUGGUGUCCGCAGGCCCAGUGAAGAAGGAGACGCGUGCUGUAAAAUUUAUGAAGCAGUUACGCGAUUCUGGCCAAACCCAGGAGGAAAUUAAUACAGUAUACUCAGUGUUUGACGGGGACGGAGACGGGCUACUUGACCAAGCAGAACUCACGCAAUUCCUUAGUAUAAUAGAUUCUGAAAAUGCUGAGGGUAUGGUUGGUUUGGUCCUCCUGUUCGGCGAUAAAGACGCGGAUCAGAAAAUCAGCAAAACUGAGAUGGUCGAAAUUAUCAAUGCAGCCAAUGAUCUAUGAGGAGAGAUAGUAAAAUAUCGAAAUGAUAAAGUUAUAUCGAUAUGAAUUUCCACUGUAAAACCUCAGAAUUAUUGAGAAGCAAUAAAAAUAUGCAUUAAUACCUUA